AGGGACAGUGUGCAUCUAUGGAUCAUAUUCGUCAAAUGAAACCAAAACGGAAAGGCUUUCUUGCUGCAGCAAGCAUCCCAUUAUUACGAGUAAUCCGAAAUACCAUGAAGCUCACCAUGAAGUUCCCCCAUCCAUCUCCUCGUUAUCCAUAUUACGCAUUAGGUAGUCGUAGUCGGGAUGCGUGAGAUAUCAAACAGAUCAGUUUGCGCUAUAUUGAAAU